UUGACAUCACCAUCGCGACUAAAAAAUAUCAUAACAACAACAAAUAUGGCGAGUGAUUCCGAUGAUUUGGAACAAAGUAUUGAAAACUUGAAGACUACAGUGCGAAAAUCUUUUGCCCAUAUAUACGCGACCUUAAAAGCGAGAGAACUAAAAACAUUAAGGCAACUCGAUGUUAUUCGAAAACAAUGCGAAGAUAAUAAAGACUUAGAAAAGAAUUGUGUUCAGAAUAUUAAAAUAUGCUACAGCGAUGAAUCCACUUUAUUAGAUUAUAUAUCUAAGUAUGGUGUAAUUGAUUUCGAGAAACUUCAUUUUGAUAAUAGUACAUUUAUAUUAGAAGAUUAUAUCAGUCCAAAUGACGAUCACAUGUAUUCAUAUAAAACAAUUGAAGAAAUAACUGAGAAAGAGGAUGUGGAAGAAUUAGAAGCUAUUGAAGAGGCAGCUAUAAAACAAAUAACUGAAACGGAAGAUUGUGUGUGUUAUGUGAAUGUGCAAACCGAGGAAGUUUCACGAAAAUUUCGGGAUUUAGAUACUAAUAUAAACACUGUUAAUGUAACUCAAAAUAAUGAUGAAGAUCUUAAAGAAAGUUAUCAAGUUGAAUCAUUAGAUAAUAGCCUAGAAGAAAAAAGUGAAUGUUCAGAUAUAGAAGUAAAAAAAAUUAAUCCUACAGAUGACUGGCUCAAUUCUAUUAAAAAUCAAACUGAGACUGAACCGUCACAAGUCACUGAUGUAAUGGAGCAUAGUACUAUAACUUGUUCUUAGCAUAUGAUAUUUUUAUUUUUAUCUGUUACUUAAAAUGCAUUUAAUAAAAUUUUCUAUUUUAUCUAAA